AGGCAACUCAACGGUAGCAUAGAACUAUUUGACUCUGAGCUCGAACGCUCCACCGUAGCUUUGAUUAUGGAGAAUCAAGGUCUUCAGCAAGAGAAUAAGCAACUAACUACACUCAUGACGGAAUAUGAAUCAACGCUGGAGACGCAAAUAGUGGCCGACAAACAGUCAGCGCUGCGGGUGCAUUACGAACAUGUAUUAGCGACAGGGGAGGGUCAAUCCUCAACACAGACCUACAACCUAUUUACAUUGCAACAGUCUAUGGAGAGACUGAGAAGGCUACUGGAGCUAGCCAUCAAGAAUGAAUCGGGGCAAGGAGAGGAUGCAGAUCUAGCACAACCAAAUCCUUCCCAGGCAGUGAUCAAGAAUACAGAAGAGGGAGAUAGUGCUGGUCAAGAGCAAACCCAAGACACUUUGGACGCCGCUCUUGAAGGACUGACUGACGGUGUUGACUGGGCGAUGGAAAGAGAGGCCGAGAUUGCACGGCUGACCGAAGAAAAUCAAAGAAUCCGCAAAGAACUCGGUAUAUUGGAAGAUAUAGAUGAUAAUAAGUCAGACCGAAGUUCUUCGCCACUAUGGAGUCAGAUGCACAGCAGAUCAUCAUCCGCACCCUUUGGGUCUGGGUUCACAACAAUGCCACAAAUGCCUUCCCCUCAACCCUCACCUCUCGUACCGAAUCCUUUCUCACCCGCCUAUCCAGGUGCUCAGGGAUAUAAUCCACCCGCACCUCCAGCACGAGAACGUUUAGAUCUUGCUGGAGGGCAGCCACCAUUACUUUGA